AUAUGAACAAGAUGUCUGUGAAAUGGCUCUCACUUCUGCUGCUACUACAGCUGACUUGCUACUUUAGCUCUGGAAGUUGUGGAAAGGUGUUGGCACGGCCAAUGAAAUACAGUCAUGGAAUGAAUAUGAAGACAAUCCUGGAUGAACUUGUCAUGAGGGGUCAUAAGGUGACUGUUCUGAUAUCUUCAGCUUCCAUUCUUAUUGAUCCCAACAAACCAUUUGCUAUUAAGUUUGAGACUUUCCCUAUGUCUUUAACUAAAGAUAAUUUGAAGAAUGCCAUCAAGCAUUUGAUAGAGAAAUGGACAUAUCUGGCAAAAAAUCCGUUGUGGACAUAUUUUUCAUCAUUGAGAAGUUUAUUUUGGGAACUUUCUGACAUGCUUAUGAAUAUCUGUAAAAAUGUUGUUUCGAACAAGAAGCUUAUGACAAAACUACAUGAAUCAAGGUUUGAUGUUGUUCUUGCAGAUGCUGUUGGACCCUGUGGUGAGCUGCUGGCUGAGGUACGUAAAGUACCUUUAGUGUACAGUCUCCGCUUCUCUCCUGGUUAUUCAGCUGAAAAGUAUAGUGGAAGACUUCCAUUCCCACCAUCCUAUGUACCUGCUAUGUUUUCAAAAUUAAGUGAUCACAUGACAUUCGUGGAGAGGGUCAAAAAUAUGAUAUAUGCACUUUAUUUUGACUUUUGGUUCCAGACAUUUAAUGAGAAGAAAUGGAAUCAGUUUUACAGCAAAGUACUAGGAAGACCGACUACAUUAUUAAAGGCAAUGGGGAAAGCUGAAAUGUGGCUCAUUCGAACAUACUGGGAUUUUGAAUUUCCUCUCCCACUGCUACCAAAUUUUGAAUUUGUUGGAGACCUCCACUGAAAACCAGCCAAACCCCUGCCUAAGGAGCCAUCUUCAUGCUCUCCCUCUGCUGCUGCCCCGAUUUUUGUGGUUGCCAUGCAGGGGACACCCCUAAUUGCUUGUCUCUGAAGGCCAGAGGGGCUUACAGGGCUUGCUCCCAUGGCACUGUAACAAUCACAGAAAAGUUCUUGGCAGACUACCACCCCCAAGGUGCUGCACAGACAGUAGACAGAAACACACCUCCAAUCUUCCUGAGAAAGAGGCCUGUUUGUCCAGAAGCUUUGGCCUGAGGGGCAGGCUUCUGGUCUGGCACACUUCCAAAGGCAUACAGAGAUGCUCUCAGGGAGCUGUUAGAACUAAUAAAUUCAGUAA